AUGUCUUUCUCCAACCCUGAGGAUGCCCCCCAAGAGCCUGGGCCGGAGCCCUCAACCUCCAAGAAGAAAAAGAAGAGAAAGCAGCCACAACAAGAGGCCAGCAUCCAAGCCCUCACCAGGGCUGGCCACGGAGCCCUACUGGCUGGCCGGAACCAUGAAGCUUUGACCAGCUUCCAGAGGGCCUUCAUCCUGGCCUCUGAGGCCCCACAAACUCGGGACACCCCUGUUCUCCGGGCCUGUGCCUUCAACCUGGGGGCCGCCUACGUGGAGACUGGGGACCCAGCCAGAGGCCUUGAGCUGCUCCUGCGAGCCCAACCUCAAGAGAAGGCGCAGGGCGGGUGUCCUGGCGACCAGUGUUUCAACGUGGCUUUGGCCUACCAGGCCCUGGGCAAGCUGCCUCAAGCUUUGGCUUGGUACCACAGGGCCUUGGGUCACUACCGGCCACUCGGUGACCAGGGGCAAGCCCAGGCAAAAAUGGGAGCCUGCUACCAGGCUCUGGGACAGCCUGAGCUAGCAGCCCGCUGUCUGCAGGAAGCCAGCCGGGCCUAUGCCCAAGCAGGGCAGCCCCAGGCUGCAGCCCUGGCCGCAGGGGCUGUGGCGGGGUGCAUGCUGGAGAGCGGGCGGCAUGGGGUGGUUGAGGUGGUGCAGGUGCUGGAGGAGAGCCAGAGGCUUGCCGAAAGGAGCCCCGAGCGGGAACUGCUGGGGCAGCUCUAUAACGACCUCGGCCUGAGCUACUCCCAGCUCCGACUGUUCCCGCUAGCAGCAGAGGCCUUCCUGCGGGCCCUGCCCCUGUGCCGGGGGCCAGGAGAGGAGGCCACGGUGCUGAGAAACCUCGGGGCGGCCCACAGUGCCCUCGGCAACUAUCAGGAAGCCCGGGACGUUCACCAGAAGGCCGCUGACCUGCACGGCUCUGUGGGGCAGCGGCGGGAGCAGGGCCGGAGCUUCGGCAGCCUAGCAUUUGCACUGAGCCAGCUGGGGGACCACAGAGCAGCCCGAGACAGCUACCUGCAUGCCCUGCAGGCUGCCCGGGACACCGGGGACACGAAGGGGCAGUGGCAGGCCUGUGAGGGGCUGGGGGCUGCGGCAGCCAGACUGGGGCAGCACGACCAGGCCUUGCGGUACUAUAAGGAAGCUCUGGCCCGGAGUCAGAAGGAGCCAGACUCUGUGCGGGAUCGGCUGGUGGCCAAGCUGGCAGACGCCAUGAGGACCCACUUGGCCCAGGCUGGGCUUGUCCCCACGUACACCCUGGUGAGGUGACCCCUCAGACAGGGAGCUUGGGGUGCAGAGA